CCGGGGGCAAAUUCACCUAAAGUCUGUCGACAUCCACUCACAGUUAUACGUCGAAGCCGCCGUGGAGAACGAUGGGCCAUACCGUUUCCAAACUUCGCUUGGCCUGGAAAGAGUUGGUCCGGCUGGUACACAUCUAUGACGAUGUCUACAAGCGCCUACAGGCCUCUCCAGGCGUGCCGGAUACCUCAAACCCGACAACACGGUCAUUUUGGACAGUCCCCGAAUCACCUAUCUCAACACACAUUCUGAAAGAGUUGCCUGAAUAUGCCGACAUUGUAAUCGUGGGUUCUGGGAUUACCGGAACAUCCGUGGCAUACAACGUCUUGGACUUUGUGCCCACAGGUUCCUUGACGAUUGUCAUGCUGGAAGCACGAGAAGCGUGCUCCGGAGCUACUGCAAGAAAUGGAGGACAUAUCAAUCCACCCCUAUGGCAUGAUUACGCUGACCUCAAAGAGGUAUACGGCGAGAAGGAGGCAAAGACUAUCAUGCAGUUUCGUCUAGCUCAUCUCCGGGAAAUGAUGAGUGUUGCCGCCAGCGAAUCCAUCGCGGGCCAUUGCCAGAUCAGAGAGGUUGAGACUGUCGACGUCUACUUUGACGACGCACGCUUCGGAGCGGCGAAGGAAGCAUUCAAGUUGUGGCAAACCGAUAUGUCAGCGGACAAUGAUUCUUUCUAUCCAGUUGAGAAGGAGAAUGCUAUCAAGGACUUCGGACUAGCCAACGAAGUCGCGGGCUGCAUCAUUGGUGCCGCAGGAGCCGUACAUCCCUACCGCUUCGUCACGUCCAUUCUAUCAAAUCUCCUGAAGCGUCACCCUGACCACUUCUUCUUGUCGACCCACACACCUUGUACAGACGUCCAUACCUCCGCCCGUGGUUACACCGUUGUUACCCCGCGGGGCAUGAUUACGACACCACACGUAGUUCACGCGACAAACGGAUGGGCGUCUCAUCUCCUGGAGCCUUUGCGUGCCAAAAUUGUGCCCAUCCGAGGUAACAUGACAGCUCAGCGGCCAGGGCAGUCUCUCGCUCGGUCCACCCGAGAUGGGUACCGCGCACACAUCUUCUAUCGGGACCAAGGAUAUGACUAUCUUACCCAGCUACCGGACGGAGAACACGAACUGAUGUUUGGUGGGGGCUUUGCACAGGCUAAUAAGAAUGGUCUGUCAGAGAUAGCAGACAUGGACGACGGGUCAUUAAAUUGGGGCAUUACAAACAACCUCGGAGGCGCGCUGCCGCUCUACUUCGGCCCAUCGAACUGGGGCGCAGAAGCCGUUCCAUCCAAAUCAUCCGAUCGCGAUGAAGUGGACUGGCCCCAAGGUAGAAUGAAAGCGUUCUGGACGGGUAUUCUGGGUAUCUCCGUCGACGGGAGGCCUUGGGUGGGGCGUCUCCCUCCCAGAUCGACAGGCCGGCGUCGUCCUCUCCCGUUGCCUGACAAAAGUCGACUUACCUCUGUCCCCUCCGAAUGGAUAUCCGCUGGUUAUAGUGGUGAAGGUAUGCCUCAUGCUUGGAUGAGUGGGAAGGGCCUCGCAUAUAUGGUGCUGGGCGUUGAGAAGGAAACUUGCCUUUCUGAGUGGUUCCCGCAGAGCUUCAUAGUUUCUGAACAACGUCGAAGGAAAGCGAAAGUGGAGGACCUUCUUGAUAGAUUCCGUAAGUAG